UUAAAUCCAAGUUGACAAAGUUGAGGUAUGCUCAUCAAUAAGAUUGAGGGGCAACCAUGGCUACCCUGAGGCUUUUCCAAGUGUUCCUUCAACAGUUGUUUAUGGUGGUUGUCCUCUCAGAGCUUGCAGUAGAUGGACAGAGCCUGCAAGUAGGUUUCUACAGGAAGACAUGCCCUCCAGCGGAGGCUAUUAUCAGAAAUACGACCACUCCUUACAUCUUAGAAGACCCUUCUCUUGCAGCUCCUCUACUAAGGGUGCAGUUUCAUGACUGCUUUGUUAGGGGAUGUGAUGGUUCAGUGCUGUUGGAUUCUACUGAAAACAAUGAAACAGAGAAAGCCUCGGGUCCCAACCAAAGCCUGAGAGGGUUCCAUGUCAUUGACGCUGUGAAAGCUGCAGUGGAAGAGGCAUGUCCUGGAGUCGUCUCUUGUGCAGAUAUCCUGGCCUUGGUAGUUAGAGAUGCUGUUUUCAUGUUGAAGGGUCCGUUUUGGGAAGUUCCCACAGGAAGAAGAGAUGGAAGAGUGUCCAUAGACUCAGAGAUCACAGAAAAUCUACCACCUCCAUCUUCAAACAUCACAAGACUAAAGACAUCAUUUAAGAGUAAAGGUCUAAGCACAAAAGACCUCGUUGUCCUUUCAGGUGCGCACACAAUUGGGCGUUCUCACUGCUCUAUUUUUAGUGAUCGCUUGUACAAUUUCAGUGGUAGGGGUGAUACAGACCCUUCACUGGAUCCUAAAUAUGCGAUUAAGUUGAAGAAGAAAUGUAAGCGAGGAGAUGUGACUACAGUGGUAGAAUUGGAUCCGGGAAGUUUCAAAACUUUCAACAAAGAUUAUUACAAGGUUGUAGCAGAAGGAAGGGGAAUCUUCCAAUCUGAUGCUGCUCUUCUUGAUGAUAAUGAGACCAGAGAUUAUGUUAUCAGCCAGGCUGCUUCUGCUGUGUCGUCUACUUUCUUGAAAGAUUUUGCUGAAGCUAUGAUCAACUUGGGUAACAUUGGAGUUAUUACAGGAACAGAAGGUGAAAUCAGGAAACGUUGUGCUUUUGUUAACUUCUAGUUCAGUGAGAUUGAGAGAGGUUGUUAAUGACCAAGUAAGGUAUGAAAAUGUAACAAAGAAUAGAAUCAUUAUAUAUCCAACUCUUUGACUCCAUUUGUCUGCAGCC